ACAACCCUCGCUCUGUGCCUCUCAUUUCCAAAGCACACGCUUCUUUGUUUGCCUGCUCUGCUCUGCUCUUCUCUCCCCCACCAUCUUUCUCUGAAACAACAAUGUCGAACUCGAACAGAUCAAAAUCAAAUAAGAGCUUCUUCAUGCCACUAUUUUGUCGAGCCUCCAUAAACGACACCGUCAAACCCGCCAAAUUCUCCGAAACCCCCGCCACAGAUCCUUCAUCACCAAAACUCAGCUGUAUAGGCCAAAUCAAGAAGAGAUCCACCACCACCACCACCACCAACAGCAACAACAACACCAACCGUUUCCUCGCCUGCAGAUUCUCCGCUUCCACCAACGCGAAAUCCUCCGUCUAUUCCAGCUUCAGUUACACUAAACUCCACAGACUCUUCUCCGGCAAAAACCUAAUUUCUCCAGCUAUUGACACUGCUUCUAUCAACAACUGUAGCAGUAAAUGUAUUACGAAUCGAAGCAACAGUUGCAACAGCAGAGGAAGAAGAGGUGUUAACACGAAGAAAUAUUACAUGACUAGUAGUGAUGAUCCGGUUCUAAUGAGAGUUAUGGUGGCGGAAGAAUUAGAUCCGCCGUUGCCUGUAGUGAAAUGUGGCCGCCGAGAUCAGGAAACGAACGUAAAUCUAUGGAAGAGACGUGGAAUCGAAAUGAAAACACUCCAGAUUCAGCCGAUUCAAUUGUCCAUGGAUCAUCAUAAUACUAACAAUAACAAUGUCAAUCGCAAUUUUUCACUUCAAACAUCCGCAAAAACCUUUUGAUGAACGGAUGAAUCGAUAAGGUAGAAGCUCGAAGUAUCUUCUAUGUUUCGAAGGAAUAUGCAUGUUAUGUAAUUAAUAAUAAUUAUUAUUGUUUAAAUAUGCAAUAAAUAAUAGUGUGAAACCAUUAUGAACAUUUUGUUUAUCCGCAAACUUGAAACGAAUUAUUUUUGUUUUUUCA